CUACUCAGAAUGGCGCUCGAAACGCUGGUUACGGCUCUGGCCUGUCUGAGCAGCACGACGCCCCCGAUGCGACCCAACGCGGAUAUGACGGUGUCCGCGAUAAUGAAGAAUUCACACGAACCAUUUCGUCUCGAUAAUAGCACUGGCUGUCCUGUUAGUGCCUUGGGAGGUUUCACGGCGCGCAUAGAGUACAUGUCCAAUGAGCUACAGUCGUUGAAAACGCAAUUGGAUGAUAUCCAGCAGCUGAUCGAUGAGUACAAAAACAACGCGGUCGCAGCCCCAACCAUGACUCUUGAGUCGCGUAUCUUACGGGCCGAUAGCAUCGGAACUAUACCUGCAGCUAUCAACGUGCCUUUCGAUGAUAAGCCGCAGAACUGCUGGGACCAGAAGCAUGGUGAGGUGCUCAUUAGAAUAGCGCCAGAUGUGGAGCCCUUCUUUGUCAACUGCGAUCAGGAGGAACGCGAUGGCGGCUGGAUUGUAAUCGCCUAUCGCUUUGAUGGCAGCGAGGUCUUUAAUCGUGGCUGGCAAGAUUACAAGUCCGGCUUUGGUUCGUUGAGCUCAGAGUUCUUCAUUGGGAUGGAUAAGUUGCAUAAACUGACUAAUAGGGCCGAGUGUGAGCUGUAUAUUGUGAUGCGCAACCAGGAAAAGGAGCAGCGCUUCGCUCUCUACGACAAGUUCAGUAUUGGGAGCGAGUCUGAAAAGUAUUUGCUGUAUGUCCUGGACAGCUAUAGAGGAGAUGCUGGCGACUCAUUGCGCUAUCAUGCGGGCAAGAAGUUCACAACCUUUGAUCAGGACAAUGAUGAUAAUGCACAGAACUGUGCGCGCACACAUGCCAGCGCCUGGUGGUAUGGCCGAGACUGCUUUGAGAGUAACUUAUUUGGCACGUUUCAGCCAAAAUAUGCUCACCAGAUCGGCAACUAUAAGGGCAUAUUGUGGAAACCAUUUUUGCCCGGACCCACUGGCUCCCUAAGCUACGUCCGUAUGAUGAUUAGGCCGAAGAAGUCGUAGUAUGGGCUAGUUGGCUAUGCUAUUAGUCUAUUUUUUAUUUAUUUAUUUCCAAUUGAUUUGAUUUGCAUUUCAUAUAUGUAGGUAUGCCAAAGAAAAUUCUUUGAAUUGGGCUUUCUGCCAACAAUUAGCGUGCGAAAUUCCUAUAUACUAUUAUUGUAGAAAUACCAAUAUUUGUAUGAAUGA